UCACUGCACUGCAGAGCCGUCAGGGUACGCUGAAGACAUCGUUGUGUGCCCAGCCCUCAGAGAGGAUGCUGAGCAUGGCUGGCCAGACUUCCUGUGGACUACUUUACCAAAUUGUAUAUAUGUGCAUUGCUGAAAGGUCUCUGUUCAUCCCCUGUACUAUGUCUGCAGUCUCUGGUCAUUCCCUGUACUAUGUCCGCAGUCUCUGGUCAUCUCCUGUACUAUGUCUGCAGUCUGCAGUCAUCUCUACUGUCCGCAUCUCUGGUCAUCUCCUGUACUAUGUCCGCAGUCUCUGGUCAUCUCCUGUAGUACAUCUGCAGUCUCUG